AUGAACUCAAAGACAACUGAUGUCACACAUGUAGAUAAACCUGAAGGGUAGACGCCUCAGUGCGGAGCAUUAGUGGCACUGCUUUAUGUUGAAGGUGGACAGUGGAGUUUUAAACUAAAACUAUCAGAUUACCACCCUCUCAAAACACCAAGCAGCUCUGCCUUAACAGCACCACCUGCCAGCUUUACACUGUAACCAAGCCAACCUAAAGCCUUCAAAAUGAUGCAGAUCAGCAUCGACUCGGCCAGCAACAAGCACUCCCUCAUCAACGUCAUGCAUCGCUUCAUAGCAGCAGCCAACAACAUGGACGAGACCAUCAUGGUGCCGAGCCUGCUGCGAGACGUCCCGCUGGAGGAGCAGGCGGCCAGUAAGGUGGAGCCCAACAACAAUCAAGAAGCACCGUGUCCCAACAAGCAGAGGGACAUGUACGAGCACUACCUGCUCCUCAAGUCCAUAAAAAACGACAUGGAGUGGGGGCUGCUGAAGAGGGAGAUGAGCAGCGGCGCCAGCUUCCUGGAGAUGGCGGUGAAGCAGGAGGAGCAGCAGUCUGUCACCGGGGACCUGCUCCCCGACGAGAACUCAGACCUGGAGAACCAGUUUCACUACCACCUCAGAGGACUGUUUGGAGUUCUGUCCAAGCUCACGUUGCAAGCCGACCACCUCACCAACAGGUACAAGAGGGAAAUCGGAGGUGGGAACUUCAUGAGAUAGAAGUCUCUACCUUUUUCUUUCUAUUGUACC